CAUCGCGAGGCGGGGAGGGAAUCGCAGCGGGGCUCUCAGACUUGGCCACGUCGCCACGGGCAUCUGCCGACAGCAGGAGCCGCUCUGUCGGAGACACAGAGACACGGAGACAAACAGACACGGAGACACGGAGACAGAGACACAGAGACACGGGGAGACACGGAGACACAGAGACACAGACACGGGGCAUCUGCCGACAGCAGGAGCCGCUCUGUCGGAGACGCGGACACGGAGAGACAGAUACAGAGACAGAGAGACAGAUACAGAGACACAGAGACAGAGAGACAGAUACAGAGACACAGAGACAGAGAGACAUAGACACGGAGACACAGAUACAGAGAAACAGACACAGACAUAGACACAGAGAGACAGAUACAGAGACACAGACACGGAGACAGACACAGAGACACAGAGACACGGAGACAUAGACACGGAGACAGACACGGAGACACAGAGACAGACACAGACGCGGAGACACGGAGACAGACAGAUACAGAGACACGGAGACACAGACAGAUACAGAGAGACAGAGACACGGAGACACUGAGACACAGAGACACGGAGACAGAGACACGGAGACACAGAGACAGAGAGACAGAGAGACACAGACACUAAGCGAUACAAUCGAGACAACGAGAGAAAUCCGUGCACAAACAGACACAGAUACAGAGAGACAGAGACACAGACAUAAACACGGAGACACAGAGACAGAGAGACAGAGAGACACAGACACUAAGCGAUACAAUCGAGACAACGAGAGAAAUCCGUACACAGACAGACACAGAGAGACAGACAGACACGGAGAGACAGCUCGAGAUGGAGGAGUAUGAGAUUGUGGAAGAUGAGCCCUGGUACGAUCAUCGCGACCUGGAGCAGGACUUGCAGCUGGCGGCCGAGCUGGGGAAGACGCUGCUGGAGCGCAACACGGAGCUGGAGGAGACGCUGCAGCAGCUGUACGCCGCAAACCAGGAGCAGGCGCAGGAACUCGAGUACCAGAGCCGGCAGGCGGAGCUGCUGCGCCAGGUGAACGAGCAGCACGCGCGCGUGUACGAGCAGCUGGACAACGCGUCACGUGACCUCGAGACGGACAACCAGCGGCUGCUGCUCGAGAACAAGGCCGGUCAGCACCGCGUGGAGAGGCUUACGGCCACCGUUCAGGACCUCCAGGACCAGGUGGAGCAGCUGCAGCAGCAGCGGCUGGAGGAGCUGUCGGUGGCGCGGGGAAGGAGGGCCCACCCGGCCAAGGUGCACCCCCGUGACGCGCGGGACCUCACGUCGACACCCAGACCGUCAUGCUCGACGCGCAGGAGCGCAUCUUGCGGGGCGCUACCGGACCGCUCCGUGUCGCCUCGGCACGACCGCCACGACCACCACCUCCACCUCCUGCCGCCACCGCCGCCGCCGUCACCGCCGCGACCCCGCGACUUGGCCUCCGAGCUCGCCCUCGAGCGCCGCCGGCGCCUCGCGGCCGAGUCGACGCUCGAGUCGGCGGCCCGCGACAGCGGCGCGGCCCUCGCGGCGCUCGCCGACGAGCUGGCGGCCGCCCGCGACGGCGCCGCCGCGCUCGAGGCCGAGCUGCGGGAGCUGCGGGGGAGGGACUCCUCCGGUCACCAGAGCGACGGCGCCGCCGCCGCCGGCGGGGGGAGGAGGAGGAGGCGGCGCUCGCCGACGCGCGACGCCGACCUCCUGGUCGCGGCCGCCAAGCACGUGCCCGAAAGCGACGACGGCGACGACGGUGGCCGGCGUGGGGCCGCGUCGACGCCGGGCGGAACCGGCGACGGCGGGGGGGACGCGUCGCCGAGGCUCGGCGUGCGGAAGAGCAGCAGCGAGACGGCGCUCGACGCCAUCGGAGGGGACGGCGGGCGCGCGCCGAGGGGCGGCGGCUUGGGCCUGGGCGGCAUGAGCAUCCUGAGCGAGGUGGACGAGCGCUACCACGCGCUGCUGGAGCGACACGACGAGCUGCUCGCGCGCCAGCGGCGCCCCAGCUUCGUAGCCGCGCUCCGGGCGGGGCGCAGCGCCAACGCCGCCGUGCAAACAUCGGCGGAGGGCGACGGCGGUGGUGACGAUGGUGGCGGCGGUGGAGGCGUUAAACUCCAGCGCCGGCUGAGCCAGCACCAGCCGGAGUACAAGGCGCUGUUCGAAGAGAUUUUCUUGCGCAUUCAAAGGAGCCGAGCCGCGGACGACACGGACACCUGACACGGAGAAGGGAAUUCCCGUAAUGUCGCUUUUUUUGUUGGGUUAGAAUCGCGCGUAAGUAUAUAAAUGUGUCGUUAAGCCCACCGCCACCCGACACAGCCAACUAGUGAGGUUUGUCACUUGAAAAGAACGUGGCCGAUUCGUUACCAGUGUAAUAAAGGUCGUUGAGGCGACUUCUGGAAUCCGUCUUUUAUUCAACUUGUAUACAGCUUUUCCUUCACACUGCUGACAGGCAGCGUGAAGGGAUAGAGAGAGACGCACUGCCACGUGGCAGCCUGGACCACGUGGCAGCCUGGACCACAUGGCAGCCUGGACCACGUGGCAGCCUGGACCACGUGGCAGCCCGGAGCCCCGCUCCCGCGUGGCCUCCUUCCUCUGUUCGUUCCCGUUCUGACCACGUGUCGUUCGUCUCCACCCCUAUUUAAUACCCGGGUCACGUGGUACGUUUCCCCCGAUCCUGUUUAGCCUCCGUGGAAUAUUCCAGGCCCCCUAGUAAGCUGCCGGGACCACGCCCCUGACUCGUCUCCCCAUUGGCUGUGGCCAAAGCCAGCAGGGCCAAUCAUCUACUUACAGCUGUCACCUUUCCAUUACGUCAGGGCCACGCCCCUAGGCUUCCCCCCCAUUGGCUGUAGACCAGGACCGGCAGAGCCAAUCAUCGUGACGAGUUGUGAUACGUCAUUGAGCCGGAUAUAUCCUCACGUUACACUAGUACAGCACACCAGUUGUGUGUGGGAGAACAAAGCGUAGUACUAAUUGGCUGUGCCAGGUGAUGGCGGGUUUAACGACACAUUUAUAAACCCUUUGGUUUUUUCGGUAAAGUCACGUAGGUAAAAAAAUUAAUCAAUGAAAACAACUAAAUUAAAUCACGACGUUUCGGGCGCAGCACAAGCGUUCGUCUUAGUUGUUUUCAUUUAUUUAUUUCUUACCGACGUGACUUUACCGGAAAAAACAAAGAGUAUGAAUCCUUGCAGUCACGAAAACUUCAAAUCUAGACACAUUUAUAUAUUUACGUGAUUCUAACCCAAAGAACAACUGUAUCAUGGCUGAUAUUGGUCGCGAAAGCAUCCUCCUACAUCUUAAAGGGAAUUCCCGUGCGCUGUUUUGAUAGACGUUUUCCAACCAAGGGUUGAAAGCGUUCACGCAUGAUGUGUCUGUCCGUCUGUCUGUCUCUUACUUGUCUGCCCGUCUGUCUCUCUGUAACGUGACGACACAAUUUCUCUCGCAAAGAAGAUCAAAACUCCUUUCCAACCAAGGGUUGAAAGUGUUCGCGCAUGAUGUGUCUGUCCGUCUGUCUCUUUGUCUGUCUGCCCGUCUGUCUCUCUGUAACGUGACGAUACAAUUUCUCUCGCAAAGAGGAUCAAAACUCCUUUCCAACCAAGGGUUGAAAGCGUUCACGCAUUACGUGUCUGCCUGUCUGUCUCUUUGUCUGUCUGCCCGUCUGUCUCUGUGUCUGUCUGCCCGUCUGUCUCUGUGUCUGUCUGCCCGUCUGUCUCUGUGUCUGUCUGCCCGUCUGUCUCUCUGUAAAGUGACGACACAAUUUCUCUCGCAAAGAGGAUCAAAACAACUUUCCAAUCAAGGUUGCAAAAUGUGAAUGCACGAGCUCUGUCCGUCCAUCCGUCCGUAACUUGGGGUCACGAAAACUCUCCCAAAGAUGAUCCAAUACGAACGGACCCUUCCGAGCGCAAGGUUGCGUUGCCGUUCGUCACUGAACCGAGUGAUUGAUGAAGCAUGCGGGACACGAGCCCAGAGCAAACUGAGGGCGCCACCGGCCGACACGGCCAAUCAGUAGUGAGGGUUUGUCACGUAAACAGAAGGUGGCCAAUUCGUCACUAGUACAGCAACACCGGUGUGUUGGGGAACAAAGACGAAAACGUUGAUCUGUUUUGUAACAUUAAUCCAAUGUUGUGGCUUUGUUCAAAGUUCAAAGUUCAUUGAUUAGGUAUAGCCCUGUGAGCCAUUCGGCUCUUGAAUCGGGUGCAACCGCAACAAACAAAAAAACAUGAACAAGAAAACAUCUUAAAGUGACUGAGUGCAAACAGAAAAUCCAAGAAAAGACAGCAAAAUAUUGCAAAAAAAGCACCGUACACCAACACUGUGCAAAAAUCCCAGUGGGAUGCAAGUCAAACAACAACAACCACAAGACAACUUAGAUUAAGGCCAUCAGUCUAACUCUGUACUACAACAAACAUACAUGGCCACACCAAACAUCUUUUCGAAAAUCACUAAAAUAAAGCCAUAAAAGUCAAACAACAACAACCACAAGACAACUUAGAUUAAGGCCAUCAGUCUAACUCUGUACUACAACAAAGAAACAUGGCCAAACCGAAAAACUUUUCGAAAAUCACCAAAAUAAAGCAAUGAAAGCAAUGAAACAGUGAUCAUAGGAACUGUGAUGGAAUUUUCACAAUAAACGACAUAAACAACAUGAAUUAUCAAACUCUGCAGCCAUAGCUGGCUGCAUGAGUCACUCCACAACAGCAGUAGGAGCAUCAGUCGGAGUAUCAACAUUUUUCAAUGCACCUUUAAGAUCA